GCUCAUUGUACGGACUGUUAACCCUGACCGCUCCACUUCCUCUUCUUUGCUAACGCGCGUCUAUUGACGGUAGAGUUAUAGGAGCAGAGUACAUAGAUCUAGGGAACGCACGUUCAAAAUGGCCACAAUUGAUAAGCAAAUUUUUGACGAUGAUACCGAGGAAGCGCUGCCUGAGGAGUUCUCUUACAUGUCCGCUGAGGCCAUUCAGCAACGCUGUCGACUCCUAGACAAUGAGCUGCGUGUCCUGAAGGACGAGUCCACGCGCCUUACGUUAGAGCAGGACAACCUGAAGGAGAAAAUAAAGGAGAACAAGGAGAAGAUCAAGCUCAACAAUCAGCUUCCUUACCUGGUAGCUAACAUCGUUGAGGUGCUGGACAUUGCACCCGAGGAGGACGAGGAGGAGGACGGCGCGACAGUAGAUCUGGAUGCGCAGCGCCGCGGCAAAUGCGUGGUCCUCAAGACUUCCACCCGCCAAACCAUUUUCCUGCCUGUGGUGGGCCUUGUAGACGCCACCACGCUUCGACCUGCGGACCUGGUUGGCGUCAACAAGGACAGCUACCUGGUGCUCGACAAAUUGCCCGCCGAGUACGACUCCCGCGUGAAGGCGAUGGAGGUGGACGAGAAGCCCACGGAGGAUUACUCGGACAUCGGCGGGCUGGACAAGCAGAUCCAGGAGCUGGUGGAGGCAAUCGUGUUGCCCAUCCAGCACAAGGACCGCUUCACUAAGCUGGGCAUCAAGCCACCCAAGGGCGUGCUGCUCUACGGCCCGCCGGGUACCGGCAAGACCCUCAUCGCCCGCGCCGUCGCCGCGCAAACCAACGCCACCUUCCUCAAGCUAGCGGGCCCCCAGCUGGUGCAGAUGUUCAUCGGUGACGGAGCCAAGAUGGUUCGCGACGCCUUCGCGCUUGCCAAGGAGAAGUCCCCGUGCAUCAUCUUCAUCGAUGAGAUCGAUGCCAUCGGCACCAAGCGCUUCGACUCCGAGCUGUCAGGAGAUCGAGAGGUGCAGCGCACCAUGCUUGAGCUCCUAAACCAGCUGGACGGCUUCAGCAGCAACGACGACGUCAAGGUGAUCGCAGCCACCAACCGCGCGGACAUCCUGGACCCCGCACUCAUGCGAUCCGGGCGGUUGGACCGCAAGAUUGAGUUUCCGCACCCCAACGAGGACGCGCGCGCCAAGAUCCUGCGCAUCCACAGCCGCAAGAUGAACGUGGCGGCGGAUGUGAACUACGAGGAGCUGGGUCGCAGCACGGAUGACUUUAACGCCGCGCAGCUCAAGGCGGUAUGCGUGGAGGCGGGCAUGUUGGCGCUGCGGCGGGAUGGCACGGAGGUGGCGCACGAGGACUUUGUGGAGGGUAUCACGCAGGUGCAGGCGAAGAAGAAGGCGAACCUGAUGUACUACGCGUGAGGAGGGGAAGCGGGGAGGAGUAAGGGUGCGGAAGGAGGGG